AUUCCAACCGAAAUAGCUUCUAGAGAAAAAGACUAAAAAAAUAACAGAUCCUUUACACUAUCUAAACAAAAUGUGUGCACUCGUCCCUCCAUUAUUUCCCCAUUUCGACUGGCCUUGUGGAGACCAGAGCUUCUAUUAUGUAAACGACGACCUAACCAACACGUUUCUUGAUUUUCCGUUGCCGGACUUGGAGGUGGCUCAUCGGAAUGUGUCGUCGGAGGGACAUGGAAUCUUAGAGGUAAAGAAUCAGGUCGUGAUGAAGAAGCUUAAUCACAACGCGAGUGAGCGUGAGCGUCGCAAAAAGAUCAACACUAUGUUCUCAUCUCUUCGUUCUUGUCUUCCAGCUUCCGAUCAAUCGAAGAAGUUAAGUGUUUCCGCAACAGUUUCACAUGCAUUGAACUACAUACCAGAGCUGCAAGAGCAAGUCAAGCAGCUCAUAAAGAAGAAAGAUGACCUCUCUUUCCAAAUCUCGGGUCAAAAGGAUCUGGUUUACGCUGACCAAAACGGUAAUCCAGAGAAAGGGGGCACACGUUAUGCAUCAACUGUAUCUGCGACUAGGCUCGGUGAAACAGAAGUAAUAAUGGUCCAAAUUUCAUCGUUACAGACUGUAAAGUGUUCGUUUGGAAAUUUACUGGGUGGAAUAGAAGAAGAUGGGUUGGUUCUUAUGGAUGCUUCAUCUUCAAGGUCUCAAGGAGAGAGACUCUUUUACACUUAUUUCAGAUGGAUAAUUGCAAUCUGAAUUUCGAAGAGUUAAAUGAUAGGUUGUUUGUAUUUGUACGAGAAAUGUGGAAACUCGUCUAAAUAAUACAAUAACUAUUGAUGUGAUUUGGUCUUUUCUUUUGUCUCUCCUUAAAACUCAAGUUUAGA